CCAAUAGGUGGACAUGUCAGGCUUCCUUUCAAACUUUUUCAGUUGCAGAGCAAGAACAAGUCCAGCGCAGAUUAAAAGGAGAUGGCCCCAUGAGGCUUCUACGAAGGAGAGCUGGAGCUAGCACAGAACUGUUCAGCAACAACUAAACUGAUGGAGCCAACGCAGGAAGGCGCACUGGAAUUUGAAGACUUUCUUCCUUCAAUGGCGGAGCGGCUUGGACCGGCCGGCCUCAUCGAUGAGCUCUGCAAAGGGUUUCGGCUUCUGGUGGACGCAGAGAGAGGCGUGAUCACGCUGGAGAGCUUAAAACAGAACUCUGCGGGAAUGCUGGGGCUUGCAGAGCUCGGGGAAGAAGAAGCUGUGGAGAUGUUGAGAGAAGGUGAUUUGGAUGGAGAUGGAACGUUGGAUCAGAUGGAGUUCUGCAUACUCAUGUUUCGGAUGAGUCCCGAGCUAAUGGAAGGCUCCACUUGGAUGUUGGAGGAGCUGAUGGGUAAGGAGAUGGUGGGGUUGAUGCUUGAUUUAACUACUAAGAAAAUGUGAUGGCCAUGUACUACUGUUCAUGCAUCUUCAUCCCCUCUCAAUAAUUAAUGGAUGACAACAUGUGCAUGGUGGGCUAGACAUAAUAUUUAGCCAAUCGAAUAAAGCUUCCUUUUUUAUUUGGGUUUACAAUUAAUAUGAUGACAUGUU